UUAUCCACUGUCAGCGAUGGCGUUAGCUAGGUUUCUUGUUUUGGCGUUUGUCCCAGCAGCAGCACUUGCUCUCAACUUUGACGCAUGUCGACGACAUCCCGGACCCACUCCAUUGGAAGUUCGAGCUCAGGGUUGUACCCAGCAGCCAUGCAUCAUCCGACAGGGUCAAGUGAUGGUCAGUGAGACCGAUUUCAUCCUGAACGCCCCGGCUGAAAGGCUGACCGCUGAAUUGGCUCUCUUCCUGAUCACUUCCGGUGGAAAUGAUUUCCGAAUCCCGUGGAGCCUACCGGAUCACCAGGUCAAUGUCUGCCAGCCAGCCCACAUUCUCCAGCCGGACUGUUCCCACAUGCAGGUCGGUGGCCGGUACACCUAUCAUCUCACAACGGAAGUGUCCGCCCCCUUCACCGAUGUAACAAUCGAACAGGAAAUGAUCAUCCGAAACGAACGCAACGAAAUCGUCUUCUGUUACUCUAACGUUUCCAUCGUUCAGUAAAAGUACCUGGCAAGCUGAUAGGCUUCAAUAAAUUUGUAAUCCUCUUUCAUGAUUAGA